GAAGAAGUGAAACCUUUAGCAAUGCGUAGAUUCAAAACCUGCUCAGUGGUUGAGAAGGCUGCCUUGGUGUGUUGGAUCUAAGGUUUUAUUUUUCAGUGAUGGACAAAGACUCCAGCUUAAAGAAUGGCUACUAGACUGGAGCUGAUGGUGCUUCUUGUUUUGCUCAGAACAGCCUCUUCUGUUGCCCUGAGCAGAGAAGAGUUUACAGAAGCAGUGGCAUAUUUAAGGAAGUAUGGCUACUUGCACAUCCCGCUGGACAGUAAUGGACAAAACCAUCGACCUGAGGAUAUAGCAGAGGCUCUAAGGAUCUUUCAGAAGGCAACAAACCUGCAGAUAUCAGGAAAACUUGAUUCAUCUACUCUGACUAUGAUGAACAAACCCCGUUGUGGUUUAGAAGACUCAUUCAGUAACACAUCCCUCAGAUAUCGAAUCAUGAGUUACUGGCGAAAAAAGAUGCUGACCUAUCGCAUCUAUAACUACGCCUCUGAUCUGGGUCUAGGAAAAACCCGCACAGCCAUCCAGAGUGGGUUUAAGUACUGGAGUGAUGUGUCACCUUUAAGAUUCAAAGAAGUGCAUCGAGGAAAAGCAGACAUCAAAAUCUCCUUUCACAAGAAGGACAGGACAUGUCCAGUCCCCUUUGAUGGUCGAGGUCAUAUAUUGGCCCAUGCUGAUGCUCCUGAGUCCGGCAUUGUGCAUUUUGAUGGGGAUGAACUGUGGACAGAAGGCAAAAGCUCCGGCUCCAACCUGAGGAUCGUGGCCGCUCAUGAGAUCGGCCACGCCCUCGGCCUGGGCCACUCCCAGUACUACAAUGCACUGAUGGGACCCGUGUACAACGGGUACCGCUCCAACUUCAAGCUCCAUCCGGACGACAUACAAGGAAUCCAGGCUUUAUAUGGAAAGCCUCCAUCCAAAAGUGCCAGCCCUGCAGUGCCUGGAGGAAGUGGUGCUCCAGAUCCCUGCAAAGCCACUCUAGAUGCCACUAUGUGGGGCCCUUCCCAGAAGACAUAUGUUUUCAGUGGUCAGUAUGUGUGGACUCUGUCCAGCUCUGGCUACAACAGUCCAGUGCUGAUAUCUGCACUGUGGAAGGAUCUGCCAGGGAGCCUCAGUGCAGCUGUUUACUCUCAACGGACCGGAAAGUCCUAUUUUCUUAAAGGAGACAAAUUGUGGAGAUACACAGGCUUCAGGCUGGACCACGGCUUCCCCAGGCGCUUGUCCAAUAUUCCAGCUAAUAUUGACUCAGCCUUUACUUCAAUAAGAACAAAAAAAAUCAUCUUUUUCAAAGGCUCUGGAUACUGGCAGUGGGAUGAAAUUGGACCAACAGACUUCAGCUCGUAUCCAAAACCUAUUGGGAAAUUCAUCCGCGGGGCACCGAGUGACAGUGAUGCUGCACUAACAUGGAAAAAUGGUUACAUAUAUUUGUUUAAAGGCACACAGUACUGGCGUGUAGACCAAAACCAGCAGUCAGUAGAGAAGGCCUAUCCUCAGGACACCGCCUCACAAUGGAUGCAAUGCGAUAACUGAGCCACCAGGGGGAACCAGGGCUCUCUGAAUCAAACAUAACACAAUGAUGCAAAAUGUUAAGAGUGAUAGAAGCUUAUUUAUUUCAAACAGUUUAAAAAUGAUUACACCUUGUACAAAUCUAUUCUGCAGGGAAAUAUUUUGCACAAUGAAUUCAAUUUAACGACAGAGUGAGAGAAUACAGGAUUAUAAUGUUUCAGUUUUGCGGCGGUGGGACAGUCAUUGCAAAAAUAUCCAACUGUAUCAGGCAAAAAGACCUUAUUUUUGUGAGAUUCAGUAGGAUUUGAUGUUAUGGUUCACAGGUAAGGCAUCUAUGUUACAUUCCUGGAAUAAUAAUCAUAAGUGCACAUAAAGUUUGACAUCAGUCUGUGUGGACUAAUGAAGCACUAACAAAAACCCAUAUUUUACCCACUCAGGUGUUCCUGCAUUUUAUCUGACCUCCUCACAGCUUGUCAGUAUUUGACUGACGUUUCUUAUACUCUCCUGCACUCCUUAAUAAUUCAUAAUAACACCAGCACUCUGGCUACUUCAGCUAAUUCCCACAGUGGCCCCAAACAAAUUUAACCAGAGUAAAGGUCCAUUGCCAGCCAGAGGAAGUAAAAUCCACAUGAGUGCAAGGGCCUAUAAAUAUUGUUGUACCUUUAACACA